CUUCAGGCUGAUUACCGUGCAGGAAACGGAGCUGGCGCUGUGGAUUGUGGAGCUGACCGGGAGCUGCAGCGCUCUGUUUGCUUACUGAGAGCUGAUUUUUGGUCACUUGUGAAGCGUGUCAAGGUGAAUGUUUGCUUCCUGCUGAGAGCUGUGGAAGUGUCAAUCCGCAGUCCAGUUGCUUGCUGGUUUAGUGCUAUGCUUUGCUGCUUUGGUGGAUCUGUUUUGUCUUCCUUGAUGCUUGGAGAACCUCCAGUAGCAUUUUUGGCAAAGACCACGAAUAUUCUACUGGCAUCUUCAGUCUGGUAUCUUGUGUUUUAUUGCCCACAAGACAAAUUCUACCAGUGCUUUGCGUUUCUGCCCCUUCGGCUUCUGGUUGCAGGAAUGAAAGAAGUGACUAGGACUUGGAAAAUAGUGGCUGGCGUUGCGCAUGCAGACAGUCAUUUUGAAGAUGCCUGGCUUGUCAUGAUAGCUGUGGGCUGGGCCAGAGGAGCUGGUAGUGGCCUAAUCUCCAACUUUGAGCAGUUGGUGAGAGGAGUGUGGAAACCUGAAACCAAUGAACUACUGAAGAUGUCCUAUCCUGUGAAGGUAACUUUGAUAGGAGCAGUUCUCUUCACUCUGCAGCACAGUCAGUACUUGCCAGUAGCAAGACACAACCUUAUGUUUCUAUACACCAUCUUUCUUGUAGUUUCCAAGGUAACAAUGAUGUUGACAAGAUCUAGAGCUUCUCCAUUUGCUCGCAUUGAGGCUGCAUUAAGCCAUAUGUUCUUUGGCUUGCAAAAACCACCAUCCAAAGUGAAGGGCGAAGGUGCUUCAUCUUCCAAUGGCUCUUCAGUCUGUGACCAGUCGUCCUCGGAGCAUCCCCGUGAUGGAGUUAAGAAGAGACAGGCAAAGAAAACAGAAUAAGUAGCUUACAAUACAUGAUAACCUGUGAAGAUGCUUAUAUUUUAGAUGAGGCUGAUGGAAUUUUUUUUUUAAAUGAAAUGUACGUGAGAUGAGAUUAAAGCUGUAUAAUAUGGUGUCGUUUGCCUUCAGAAUGUGUUUUGUAUGCUUUUGAAAUGUAUUCAGAUGUUUAAGUGCACGUUAGAUUUCUAAGUCUAAAAGUUCACAUUUUUAUAGUGCUUUUAAGUUCAGUAAUUUUUGUAUUUAUUAAUAGCUUUAAAUUCUUAGAUGCUAAAAUAACUUUCAAAAUGUGACAGUUACCUUUGCUGUUUUUUCUGGUGUAUCACUUGAUUCACUUCUCUUUUUUUUCUUCUUGAUUCUCUUUGGAUACACAGACUUGUGCUGCCAAGUGUUCACAGCACAGUGUCCCAAGUAGGAAAGCCUGAUUAAGGCUUAAUCACAUUGCACUGUAAAACUAUGAAAAUGUACCACACUAAUGCCUUUAAUUACAAAAAUAAUGGAAUUACUGUUUUAAUUCCCACUACACUGGUCUAGACUUAUAUCAUUUACUCAAGUCAACAUUUUUUGCAUUGUUUGUAUUUUUCAAAAUAAGAAUUAUCUGGCACUUUUAAAAAUCUUUACAGUUAGGAAGUAGAAGCACUUCAGUAUUGUGAGCUUACUUUGAUGUUUUUUGUAAGCGUUGAAUAUUUAGCUAUUUUUUGUGUUCCAUGUGUGAUUUUUUUUUUUAAUGUUGUUUCUAGUGUUUUUCAAUUUGGGAUGAGACAUCUCUUUGCCUGCACUUUUAUCUAGGCACAACAAGUUUUUCUUCCUUUCAAAGUCAAACAUUCAAACUUUAAA